AUGUCAUUUUACAAGCAACAACAGCAACAACCAUUAUAUCCCUCAACUUUAACUAUAUCAGAAAAUAAUGAACUUUCAUUGCCCUCAUCAUCCUUAAUCAAUAAUAACAACAACAACCUUGUUGCUAAAAAGUACUUUGAAGAUCCAAAUGAAGCUGAUCAUAGCGAUUUGGAACAACCAACAGAUGCAGAAACACUGAGACAAAUGAAUCCAUCAUCACCUACAUCAUCACCUACACAACAACCAUCUGCAUUCAUAAAUGAUAAUUCAGCACCAUCAUCGGCAGCAACUACUGCCGCCAAUAUUGCUCCUGCCUCUAGCAUUGCUACCAAUACUGUAUCGUCAUUACCAAUAAAGGAUGAUGGUCAUUAUGGUGAUAAUGUCAAUCUUCUUCCAAUACCAGGAAGCAAUGGAUCUGCAAAACAUGUUACUUUUAGUGAUGUCGAGAUACAGCAUACAAGGAGAUUCCAUUUGUCAAAUGUCACACAAAACUAUUACAUAUAUAACUGGGAAAUUAAACCAUUCCAACCAUGUGUGACCCAAUUAUCUGGCAAAAUUGCUACUAUUAUUCUUGAACAGCCUUUAUUUAUUCUUUGGACAAAUACAUCAAUUAAAACAAAAAUACAAGCAGAUACAGUCUUAAUUGAAAAUCAAUUUAUUCCAAAUCAUUUUGUACCAUCAAAAAAAUACUUUCUUGAUACAAGUGAUGACAGUGGUUCAACAAUUAAAAACAACAGUGAUUAUGAUUUUUAUUGGUUAAAAGAAGCAUUAAUGGAAGAACCUUUCAAUUUAGGACCAGCUAACAAAGAAAAUCAAGAUUUUCUAUUAAAAGCAGAAAAUGACAUAAGAAUCUGGCCAGAAGUCAAAGGAUUAGAAUGGAUAAUUAAUAGAUGGAAAAAGUAUUAUGAAAAAAACGAAGAUGAAAAGGACAUAAUUGCAAUAAAAAAUGACCCUACAACUAUAGAAAAUAAUAAACAUUUGGUUGGAUUUUUAAUAGGCAUAGAUGAAAAAAAAGUAAUGUCUAAUGUAAAAACUUUUGGUAACAUAAUUGAAUAUGAAGAAUGUAAAGACUUUUCAUUUCAAUUGCAAUGUAAAGAUGUCUUUGACAAUUUAAUAAUGAUGGAAGGUGAAAAAUUAAUUUGGAGGCCAUCAAAUAUUACAAAUGUUUGGCUAAGUUGUGGUUGUAAAGUUAAAAAAGAGAGAACAUCAUUUAAUUUGUAUAUUUCAAAAAGCAAUUUAAUAAAUCAGCAAAAUGAUAUCACCAUUAUUGUCAAGUACUCAAGUAAUCAUAGAAUAUGUCAUUGUAUUUCUGGAACAACAUAUGGACAAUGCCAUGGUAUUAUUAGAGAAGAGUUGGCUAAUGUUGAAGGUCAACCACAAGACAUUAGGAAAAAAGUAUUAAAGGAUCUUGAUGCUGAAAUAAGAUUCACUGGUAAUAGACAAAAUAUUCCUUCAGCAAAUGUUUCUAGAACCAUCAAAUCGAAUGCAAAUGCAUCAGAGGAAUGUAAUUUACUUGAAAAAAUGCAUGUAGCAAUUAUGAAAGCAAAUCAAGCAGAACAUGGUGAUUAUAUUAAAAAAAAUGGGAUGGAUUCAUUAAAGAAAAGAAAAUUAAUGGGAUAUAUUCAAGAACCAAUACAAACACAACCACUUUCAAUAGCAUUUUAUAAUGAAGCAUCUCUUGAAAUACUAUCAUCUUUAUGCUUCAAGAAAUCCUGGCAUAUUUAUAGAUUAUACAGGACAACUCAUUAA